AAUAAAUAUUUUUUUAUUACUUAAUAAUCUUAUUUAUUAAACGUCGUAUUUAUUUUUUAAAGAUCAUAUUUAUUUCUAUUAAAAAUCUCAAAUAAUUUGACUUAUUUCCUAAUUAUUAUGUAGUAAAUAAUAUUUCGUUAAGUUUUUAUUAUGCCCUUUGAGCUGAUAUGACAACACUUAUCAUGGUUAUAUUUAACAAACAUAACUGAAUAAAUUUAUAAUCUUUAUAUAAAUAUGUAGUGGCAUAUACUAUUGUUUCAACAUAUCAGAUAGAGGAUGUCAUAUCUCUAGUUUACCUCGUGAUAUUCUAAAUACUUAAAUAAAUAAUUCUGUAUAAUAUUACAAGAAAUAUUUAAAUAGAAAAUAAAUAGCGUUUAGAACAACUUUUUGUUUAAUUUCUAGAACUUAUUCUAAAAACUAAAUGAUCACAUAAAAUAAAUUAUUUUAUUCAAGGUCAAUUUUUAGUCUAUAUGUGCAUAUACAUGCAUUAACUUAUGACUUUUAAUAAUGACAUUAGGUAUCGUAAUAAUAUUUAUAAAUAUUUUUUCUAUAUAGAUAACUGUUUUUGAAAAUUAUUUACUGCUAAACACAAACAGACAAAAACUGUACUAUUACAAACAUAUUGACAGACUACAUAACAUAGUUUCAUUGAGUAAACGGCAAAAGUUGCACAAAGUAAGAGACAGCUACGAAUAUUGAUUAGGGGUUGCUAGUGCGCUUGUGUGCGCGGCACCCUUCACACCGACAGUGUGCGCGGUGCGCGCGCUGUGUGAGUGCGUGCGUUUUGCUACCCACUGCCCAUGUGCUAGCGAACUCUGCGGCCGGGUCUCUUGUGCCAUACGAACUAACCGAUUAUUAAGACUAAUGUUAAUUUUACAAAAGACUCCAUACCGUCUCCAGAAAACUACCCAAAAAAGAGCAACGACGGUAUGCGGAGCUAAAUCACCGCUGCGUCGAAACGUCCCAUCAGGAUCGUGAACAGCACCGUAAAAAUCAAUAAAUCUCGUUGUGAAAUAAAAAAUUGCAUUUUACAUUUGUAUUACGAGUGCCUCCUAUGUCAAAUAUCGCGUCCGAAAUAGUGUAUACCAAUAGUGUAUUCCCGUUUCAGUGAUACAGAGAGAUUAAACAUUCUCGAUGUUUAAUCACAAGUUACCGACUGACUUUCCAAUGCAAACCCUCCGUAAGAAAACCAGCCCUUGCAAAUAGGGUGUGUUGUGGGCCCGUGGCGAAUGUGCAGCGGUGGUGCAGCGGGGGGAGUAGCUUGCUAUUUGUCGGUUUGUACGGGGAAUUAUGCAGGUGUGUCAUUUCCAGCAUCUCUUGCGGCAGUUCGACAAGAACGAGCCGGGCCGUUUCCUCGGCGAAGGUGUGUCGUUUCGCGCCAAACUGAUUGGUGUCUUGGAGGUACCGGAAGCGCGUGGAGACAGGAUGUGCCAGGAGGCGCUUGCAGAUCUAAAAAUGGCGAUCCGGGCAGCUGGCGAGCACAAACAACGAAUACAGGUUCACGUCGCCAUUGAUGGGUUAAGACUGCGCGAUGACAAAACUGGUGAUUGCCUGCACCAUCAUCCAGUCCACAAAAUAUCGUUCAUCGCGCAGGACAUGACGGACUCGCGCGCGUUUGGGUACAUAUUCGGUUCACCAGACACCAGCCACCGAUUCUUUGGCAUCAAGACUGAUAAAGCUGCUAGUCAAGUAGUAAUAGCAAUGAGGGAUCUGUUCCAAGUAGUUUUCGAAUUAAAGAAGAAAGAAGUAGAAAUGGCGAAGCAACAGUUGGAAGGCAAGACAGUAACAAGCACUCUAGCGAGGCACACAACAAGCAUUGUAGAAACUAAAGUCAAGAGUAUAACAUCGACUGGCGAAACAAGUACAUCGACACCUAAAGUUGCUGAAACUGGUGCAGAAGGCGGCGUGGCGGAGCUAGUCGACUUGGAACAGGAGCUGAGCUCAUUACGGAGAGGGCUCACGCAGGUGGAGGGGCUAACGCCUUCUACAGACCCUUUUGGCGACUCUUUUAUAAUGCCAUCUUCUCAGAAGGGGCUGUUGCCUCCGCCACCGUCGGGUACGUCGAGCCGCGGCCGCAGCACUCCGAGUACCCGCUCCGUGCUAAGCCCUGGCAAAGGCUCCAGCCCGGCCCCGGCCUCCGUGCCUGCCGCACCCGCUGGCUCUACACCCCUGCCUUUUGACCUGGCAACCGUUGCUGGCGACUUCGAGCCAGCCCCCGUUGACAACCUUACCGACCCACCGGUGAGCCAGCCCGGCCCGUCCACGACGCCGUCGCUCAGUUACGACGUAUUCACCGAACUAGAUCCCCUCGGCACCGGCCGGAGUAAACCUUACGUUGACAAAAAACUCUUCUUUCAGGAGCUCAAAAAUCCGCCAAAGAAAGUGCUCAAAGACCUCGUUCCGACCACUCAGUCGCUCCUUACUGACAUAUUGCCGGUUACAACCGAGGCUAAGUCCGAUUACGGCCCGGCGACCACGAUGACGUCAUUGUCACGCCACUCCGGCGGCACCGUGGCGAUCGCCAAGCCGCAGCCCGCCAUGUUCACAGGGAACUUUUUCCCGGCGGAUCCUUUCGCGGAGACUGACCCGUUCGAUAACACUGAUCCGUUCUCGGACUCGUUCAAGGACGACCCUUUCACGAGUAUGCAGGAGUUCCCGAAGUCGAUGAGAGGGGAUGACGCAAAGAGGCCGAGUAGAGAGCUGUCACACGACAAAUCGGAGAGUUUGGAGAGCGGCAAAAACGUGUUCAACGGACCUUUACAAGUGACGCUACCACCGGAACCAGCGCCGAAGUCACCAAGACUACAGAGACAGGGCUUAGAUUCGAGUUCACUGUCGAUGAGUAGUCGAGCGAGAGCGGCAGGCGGGUCGCCUCCGCCCCCGCUGCCUCCCAAGAAGCCAGCGGACGUGUGUACAGUGCGGCCACCACCGCGCCCGCCGCACGACGACCAGUCAUCCGCUCCGUCGCCGCUCUCGUCGCUCAUCGCACCUCCGUCCGCCUCCGCUUCCGCUUCCGCCGGUCCACCAUUACCGCGGCCAGCUAGGAAGAAGGAACCUUUAGCGGACCGCAGCACGAAGCCGCGGCUGUCGUGCGCGUCGGCGGCCACCAACAGCAGCGAGGAGGAAUACCUGACGCCGGCGCCACCGCCGCUGCCCGCCGCGCGCCGCUUCGACAUCACACUCAGCCAGCUGCUCACCUGCACCAUGGACGAACUCGCGCACAGGUUACGAGUACCAGCGACAACUCUUUCUUCCAUGACACUACCUCAGUUAACAGAAUACCUUCGUUCAUAUUUGGCAGCCGAUAAUGAGAGAGCACACAUCAACGUAGAGCCUUCAUUGCGAACAGACAAAGAUAAACCAAUAUUACCACCAUCCACUGUAACGAUACCAGAGAAGCCCGCGCCGUCCGCACCACCUAUAUCAGAGUUCCGACCACAGUUUGAAGACAAUUUCGCUCCUACGGAAUCUAACGAUACUUUUGUAGCAAAUUUUGACGACUUCGACAAAAAAGCCAAUCCUUCUUACGAUCGAUACGCAGCAUUCAGAGAAAUACAGGAGCAGGAACUGAAAUCGAAGUCAAUAUUAGAUCCUGUAGACACAGGUGAAAUAGAUUCCAAACAGGACUCCGACGAAAAAGAGGAACUCACGGCUAUUAAUGAUUUAAUGCGAGCGAAAGAGGACAGGAAAUUGGAGGCGAAAGAAACGUCUAGAAGUCCAUUGAAAACCCUAGACGAACUGACAAUGGAUUCUUUUAAUAUGUUCCGAAAUUCAGUCAGUCCGAAACCAUCGCAGAUCGACGCUAAAAUAGAAGAUAUAAAGUCGGUGAUGAAGAAUUUGCAGAUAGAGAAAUCUAGAAGGAGCGUGUCACCUCGGGAUAAUGGUAACGUUGAUAUGAAGCAGGAAGAUGCUAGUGAUAGGUACGCAGCGUUACGCGAGAUCACAAUUACUGAACCGCCUCAAGAUGAGUUUGAAUCAUUGCCUCCGGAAGUGCCAAAGGAACGUAAGAAAUCUGAUGAGAAAUCGGAUGGCUUCGACAAUUCUGAUUUCUUCGAUUGCAUCGAUAACAGCUCACUUUCAUUCUCACACGUCGAAGACGCGUUUAGAAAAAGUCCCGUAGUGAAAGAGAGAGAAGAAGAAAAGAAAUUGGAGGAAAAGAAAGAGGUGCAGGUAGAACUAGCACCUGUAAGGGAAUUGCAGCCACCUCCAGCACGGUUAUCGACAGAGUCGAUCAGCGACGUCGCUAGUGGGUCGUCUCCUGACACUAAAGAGAAGUGCGUGAGCGUGCGGGGCGCGGGCGGCGGCGGCGGCAGCGGCGGCGGCGGCGGUGGCGAGGGCGGCGGCGGGUGCUCCGGGCGUGUCGCGGGCGGCGGCGCGGGGGCCGGGGGCGGGGGCGGUGCUCGCUGGGCGGCGCUGGGCGCGGCCGCGUCGCCGUGGUCGUCCGACUCGCGCGACUCGGAGCCGCGCCCGCGCCGCCGCAAGCUGCACACGCCGCCCGACAAGCGCGCGCACAGAGUGCAAACGUCGUCGUCGUCGCGCGACGUGUCGCCGUGGGAGGAGGAGCGGUCGCCCGCGUCGCCCGCGCCGCCCGCGCCGCGCCUGCAGCGCCCCCCCGCGCACCACCGCGACCGCGACAGGGACUCCAGGCACAAUUCAUCCGGGUCCAGAGAAUGCCUCGACUCCGGCAGCGGUCGAGAGAAAGACAAGAUAAGGGACAAACGCGACCGCGGCGACCGCGAGCUGAGCAGAGACGGGAGGGAGUCGGGCCGCGACCGCCGCGACUCGGGCAGCGGUCGCGACCGCCGCGACCGCAGCAAAGAGCGCGAUCACCGCGACCACCGCGACCACCGCCGUGACCGCCGUGACCGCGACCGCGACCACUCCUGGGACCGCGACCGGCCCUACGCGCGCGACCGCGACUACCGGGACUCGCGCAGCAGGGACCGCUCCAAGGAUUACAGGGACAAAGAUAGAGAUCGACACAGAAAGUCCAGGCAUUCGUACGACGAGGACGAAGAUUAUAGUGAUGGCUGCGGUUCGGGAAGAUCGUCACCGCGAGACCGAUGGCCUGAGCGCUGGAGGCGAGAUGAAAGAAAUUAUGGUUCCUUGGGAUGGCGUGAGUCGCGACGUAGGGCUGAAAUGAGGCAAAAUGAUGAUCCUAGCGAUAGAAGAUACGGCUCAACAUUAGGAUGGCCCGGGCGUAGGGCAACUGCAAGUUCAAGACGCGAGGUGCGUGAAGUACGUGAGCCGCGCGACGAUCGCGAGGCACGGCGGCGACCGCGGCGGGAGGAGCGGCCGCGCCGGGACUACAGGUUCUCCAACGACUUCUCCCCCCGGGACCACCCCUCGCCCUUCGAUAACAACUUCCAGGACACUCCCACGUCCGCCGCCAAGAAAAGAGGGCCGUACUCCUCACUGGAAGGAACCAGGUUUGCAUUCGACCCCGAGGAGAUGGGUGCAUCGCCACAGUCGGCAAGCAGUUCGCGUGCCCGGGACCCGGAUUCACCGGCGACCCGAUUCCGGUUCGAUUCCGAUUCGAUAUCUCCACGCUCUAUGUUCGAAGACGACUUCACUGCCGCGUCCACGCCUCGAGGCAGGACCGCUUCUAUAGCCGAGGAAGACGAGAGUGACGUCCCACCGCUCCGAUCGAAGCCCCAGACGGCUCACAGAGAUAUAAAAAAAUCAGAGUCGGUAAAUAUAUUCACACGGGAAAGUGACCCGUUCGAGGGGGACGCGUUCUUCGCGUGCACUGGAUCUGACCGCGCGGCGCGGAGAGACAACUGGCCCGGAGACUUCCAGGGCUUCGACAAUGCGUGAGCCCUGCGCUCUGUCCGUUUUGUUACUCUGUGACCAUCAUGAACUUGCCAUUUAUUGACACACUGAUCACAUGUAUUUGCGAUCACGCUAGAAAAUUGACAAAUGCUUAUGAACAUUUCUGGUCAGUGUAUAUAGGUACAUAUUGUACUAUUUAUACCUGUUGAGAAUAUCCGUAAUAUAUGACUGUGAAUGUAUGCAUAUAAAAAGUCGAAUGAUAGUCGCAUAGAUUGCCUUCUAUAUAAUUUGCAAUUAUUUUGUAUGUUUGUUGUUGUCUUAUAGUAUUAUAAACGUGAAAAUGUUACUAGCAUUAAUUGUCAUAGUGAAAUUUCUUUAUAAGAGUGAAGUCUAUGCGACUAUGCAAUUAUUCCUAUGGUAAUUUGUAAAUGACGGACAUAGCGGAUCUUGCCAUUAAAUACUAUAAGUUAAAUACAUUUUUAUAGAUCUCGCUAAUGGUAAUCUUGCAAUCUCAAUGUUGAAAUUGAAAUUCUAAAUAAAGUGCAACGACAACCAUUCGACGGAUUUCUAAUCAACGUAAACCUUACUGCAUUGUCAUAAGGUUUAGUUUGAUUAAACAAAUCACGAUAAUCAUAAACACCAGAAUUCAGCUACUGGUUUAUGUAACGUAACAAAUGAAUAUAAUAAAAAUUCUUUUUUUAUUAUUUAAAUAACGGCAUUAGUUACUUUAAAAUGGCAAUCUAUAAUAUAAUGAUAAUGGUAUACUUAAUAAUUAGAACUGAACAAACUUUUUAAUUUAAUAUCAACUUAAGUUAUUUUCAUCUCACUAAAAUAAUAAUAAAUAAAAUUUAGAAUUUCAAUUCAAUAAUAUUUGUUUUAAAUUAGUAAAAUCCCACGAUGUUCCCCGAAUGUAUAAUAAGUGAUAGUAAUAAGUGACGUGCCGCUAUUGAUUAACUAGUCGUCUAAGGCUGUAUACCCUUGACCAUUGUCACCCUAGUAUUAUGUAUACGUAUGUUAAGACAUAUAUUAAUUUGGACAGAUUCGGUCCAAGUUUAUAUAGGCCUUGAGUCGCAACCUGUGAUAUGUAUAAGCAACGCCCUAAUGACAUUUUGUUAAACGCUUCUAAUAUUGUGAUAUCGAAUCGCUGUUAUCGUCAAAGUCCGUGAAUUACAAUUUAAGUACAUGCACAUAUUGUGUUGCCAUUGUUGGCGCCAUUUUGUGGUGCAAACUGUCAUGGCGUACCGCAGCAUUUAAUAGACUAGGUAAUUUCAAAUUGUUUACCAGCGCUUUACUCGAGCAAAGUUAGUGGUGCGUAGAUGUGAUUUUGUGAUAUAUCUGCUCAUCAAUAAUUUUGUUCAAAUAAUGUGUUAGUUAUGGAGUCCACAUAUAACUAUUCAAAAUGGUAAGCAAUUUAUUUUGAUAACAGCAUUCUGUAACAUAACUCGUACUAGCACUUUAUAAACAUGUAUUAUAAUUAAAGUGCUGGAUAUUUUGUAAAGAGAGAAAGUAUUAAGUUUAACGCUAUUUCUUUAGGUUUUUGUAACCUUCAUUGUUGUAAUAUUAGUAAUUUGUAAUAUUUUAAUGUUAUUUUAUUCUUUGACGAUAACACCAAUAAGUAAUUAAUAAAAACCUUGAUCACUGUAACUAAACAUGUAAUAAUUUUAUAUGCUUGUGUAUGUACAUAACUAAUAAAAUAUACAAUAGUUGUUCAAACAUAACAUAUGAAAUGCAUAAACAAUAUUAUAUAAAAUUGAAGGACUUUUAUGUUUUAACUAUAUCUGGCAAUCUUUAAUAUAAAUAUGAUCAUUUUUCAAAAUAAACAAUUUUAAAUGUUUUCUAACAUGUUAAUUAUGUAAUAAUACUAUCUCAAAAAUUUUGGACUUUAUAAUAAAAAAAAGUGAUUGAAAACAAACAAAACAAAAUAUGAAGUAAUUAUAAUUUGUAGAUUAAAAAAAUAAUGGAAUAUUUUUUUUUUAUAUGUUGCCAAACUUCAAUUCAUAUUGAUCCUAAUUCUAUUACCAGACUGAUUAUUCCAAGUCAAGUUUGUUCGUGUUUGUAAAUAUGCCAAUUUCAUUAAAACUAAUUUUAAUUUAUAUUAAAAUUAUUUCCUUCUUAUAUUUUCGUGUGUUUAUUAUUAAUUCUUAGAAUUGUUUAAUUUUAAUGAAAACCUGAUAAAACUAAAUUUUAUUUGUCAUAAGGCAAACUAUACACAUAAUCGGGAUUUCGAACACAGACAAGUUUAUUUUUUUUUUUAUAGAAAUGACAUAAGUACCUAAAAAAGGGAGCAGUCACAUAAUUGAAUUCAACUAUGUAUACUUACACUGAAAUCACAUACUGUACUAUAGACACUGUUUACUCCCAUUGAAUUCUUGUAUACUUACAUCUAUUCAUAAAUUACCUUAAAAAGCACAUAAAUCCAAGUCACUAGUAGUCAUUUAUUAUAUCAUAAAAAUUACUUUAAACAAUUUGAGAAAAGGGAUUAUGCUUGCUUGCUAGUUCUUUUUAUUUAUGUUUAUAUAUA